AGCAUGUUUGGAUGACCCAGCGUCCUGUCGGGUUCCCUGUAAAGUGUUCAGAGUUUUUGUUCCCUUCUUUAACUCUUGGAUGUUUUUUUUAAAAAUGUCCGGGUUUCAGGAUCUUUCAGUGCUACCUGCUGAUGUACAACAGCUGUUAGUGAAGAAAGAAGAGCCUCCUGAGCAGCAAGAAUGUAGCUCCAGUCUGGAUCAAGAGGACACCAAGCCCUCACACAUUAAAGAGGAACAGGAGGAACAAUGGAUCAAUCAGGAUAGAGAGCAGCUUCAAACACUGGGAGGGGCUGAUAUGAAGUUCCUGUUCAGUCCGGUUUCUGUGAAGACUGAAGAUGAUGAAGAGAAACCUCAGUCUUUGCAGCUUCACCAGAUAAAAAUAGAACAGAUGGACACAGGAGCUGAUGGAGAAAACUGUAAAAAAUUAGAACAAGCCAGGAGCUCAGAUCCAGAAGGACAUUUACAUCCAGAGAUUGAGGUCAAACUUGAAGACCCUUCUGAACCUGAGACUGAAAACUGUAACAAUGUUAAGUACACAACAGUGUUCCCAUCAGGUUUAAAGUCAGUGGAAGAAGUUAAAGAUGAGGGACCAAAGACCAAUGAGAAACUGCACAGCUGUUCUGAGUGUGGUCAGAAUUUCAAAAGGAAAAGUUCUCUAACUAGUCACAUGAAAAUUCAUACAAGAGAGGAACCCUUUGGUUGCUCUGUGUGUAGUGCAAAAUUUAACCUUAAAGCACAUCUGGAACGGCAUAUGGCUCUUCAUGUUGAAAAGAAACCCAUCAGCUGUCCUGUGUGUGGGAGAGGAUUUAAACUUAAAAGCAAUCUGACUGAUCACUUGAGAACUCACACAGGAGAGAAACCUUUCAGCUGCCCUGAGUGUGGCAACAGAUAUAGACGUAAAAGUCAUAUGAUGGAUCAUUUGAGGUCUCACACAGGAGAAACACCCUUCAGUUGCUCUGAGUGCGGUAAAAGAUUUAAUCGCAAGGAAUCAGUGAACCAACAUAUGUUGAUCCACACAAGAGACAAACCUUUUGGUUGCUCUGAGUGUGGUAAAAAAUUUAACUUUAAGAGAGAUCUGAGACAGCAUGUGAGAAUUCAUAUGGUUGAGAAACCCUUCAUCUGCUCUGACUGCGGUAGAGGUUUUACUCAUAAACAACAUCGAACUCUACAUAAGUGCGUUCAUACAAAACCUAAAAUUUUUUGCUCUGAGUGUGGUAAAGAAUUCGGUAAACCAAGUUCUCUGAACAGGCAUAUGAUGAUUCACACUGGUGAGAAACCCUUUAGUUGCUCUGAGUGUGAUAAAAGUUUCAAGGAUAGAGCAAAUUUAAAGAAACACAUGCGAAAUCAUACAGGAGAAAAACCUUUAAGUUGCACUUCUUGUCACCAAAGAUUCAGAUGGCAAGCUCAGUUAAGAAAACACAAGUGUGUUGGUCGACAUGCCUCAGCACCAUUAAUAACUGACAAUAAGCUGAACAGCCAAAUACAAACAGGAUCUGUUGUAGAGGUCUGUAGAGGAUCAGAAGGAGGCAGGAACUUGGAUCCAGAUGGACAUUUACAUGCAGAGAUUGAGGUUAGCAUAGAUGACUUUUCUGAACCUGAAGGUGAAGACUUUCGUGAUGAUUCCUUGAGAACCAGUGGCCAUCUGUCUGUUUCACAAUGAGAGAGAAGGAAAUUUCCAUCAGUCAUGAAAUGUAAUAUUGUGAUGAACCAGUAAGCAGUAAAAAAUAGCUGUUCUUACAUGGCAAAAGUUUCAGUCAGAGUUAACAUCCUUUCUAUUUUUGAAGAAAUGUAGACAAUAGUAGGUGUUUCUGACGGAAUAUUCUUUUUCUGUGCUCUCAAAGCAUAAAAUGAAAAUGGGCUAUAGCUUUAGUGGCAGUUUUUUUAGAUCUGGACAGUAUUUUCUUUUUAAUAGAUAGCCAGACAGAUAGAUAAUUAUGCUUGAUGGAGCUGCCUGAGCAUGGAUAUAAGCCACCAUUCUCAAACUACAACAGUGCCUACAACCUCAUUUUGUCUUGUUGCUCUGAUUGCCCAUGAUGAAUACAACAGACAGAACGUACAUCCACUUUCAGAGUCCUUUUUGAAAAUUUCUGCCCUUUGGGAGGGUUCUCUGAUGAAUUUGAAAUAUUUUGCAUGCAAUCGAUGUAUGACACAAUCUGCCUGACAUGUCUGAUUUGUACAUAAGUAUCUCAUCAGCAUACUGGAUGAUUUUAUGUUAGUGUGCCUCCAGAAAGAAGUGGAUAUAAUUUUACCUCUUUCUUUAGAUUUUAUUGAUUUUAGAUAUCCCCUUUUAUCAUUAUCAUACGGGUAAAUACAUAUGGUUUUCCUCUUCCCAAUGUGUUUAUAAGAAUGUGCUUCUAUUUGGAUUAGUUUCCCCUUCCACGUGAUCUAGAGGGGCUGUUUAAUGAUUUUUUUUCUUUUUUUUUUUUGUUUUUUUGUUUGUUUGUUUGUUUGUUUUUUGUAUCUUACUUUUGACACAUGCCAUGUACUGGAUUAGG